CAGGAGAAGACUGAAGGCUGAAUCAGAAAACAAAGACAAGAGACAAAACGACACGUCGUUACUCUGCGGGAUGGCGAUGGUGGAGCUCCAGUACUGAAAAAGGUGGAGAAGAAAGAAAGUCGCACCGGGACCGGGACCGCGACGGAGUAAAGUUGAAGCAAGCAAUGUGUGUCUUUCCGGCAAAGAUAUUUUUCUCGGAUCCCUUUUUCACUUUAUCUUUUCUUUUUCUUUCCCUUUUUUCUAUAAAGAAAAUCGACGCUGUGAUGUGAAUAAUAAUAGAUCAUAAAUUAUUUGUUUCUGCCUUUCGCUAUCUUUCCUUUCAUUAUCUUCUUCUUCUCUGCUCCACUUGCCAGAACGAAGAACAAUCGCUGCUUUUGGUUAUUGCCUCGAUUUUUAGUAGGAAAAGGGUGUUUGUUUGACCAAAGUAGCUUGGUGGGUUUGAAUUGGAGGUGAUUUUGGGUUGGUUGAGAAUAGUCAGAUCUACUCUUAAGGCUUAGCUAUGUCGUUUAUUGGCACCCAACAGAAGUGCAAAGCUUGUGAGAAGACUGUGUACCCUGUAGAUCAGUUAUCUGCUGAUGGAGUUGCUUUCCACAAGUCAUGUUUUAAAUGUAGCCAUUGCAAAGGGACUCUGAAGCUCAGUAAUUAUUCUUCAAUGGAAGGUGUUCUGUACUGCAAGCCUCACUUUGAGCAGCUCUUCAAGGAAACUGGCAACUUCAGCAAGAACUUUCUAUCUCCUGCAAAAUCGACAGAUAAACCAACUCCAGAGCUGACUAGGUCACCAAGUAAAGCUGCUAGCAUGUUCUCUGGGACUCAGGAAAAAUGUGCUACAUGUGGAAAAACUGCAUAUCCACUGGAGAAGGUGACAGUCGAGAGUCAGGCCUAUCACAAGUCGUGUUUUAAAUGCUCGCACGGCGGCUGUUCUUUAUCUCCAUCAAACUAUGCUGCACUUGAUGGAAUUUUGUACUGCAAACACCACUUUUCGCAACUUUUCAAGGAAAAAGGAAGCUACAACCACUUGAUCAAGUCUGCAUCCAUGAAGCGUCAAGCAGCAACCUCAGUUCCCGAUGCUGAAAAUGUCGAGUUAUGAACUUUUAAUUUGAGGUUUGAUUCCAUUGUUCCACUGCCUUUUGCCCCUCCUUCCCCAGUGUGUUCUACUUUGAUCCUCGCAGUCUCAUGAUGGGAACGAAAGAGAGCUUGGACGAGCUUCCUGCAUCAUGCUGAGCAAAUUGUUUGUUUCUUUGUUGGUUCAUAGAACUUCAAACAGACCAUUUGAAAAUGGGCAAUUUGUUUGCCUAAAGUUUAAGAAAACAUUUUGAAACUUUUGGUUUUGGCUUAUCACAAAGAUAUGGAGUCAUUCUGUUUUCUGUUAA